GUCCAACGGCCGGCGGGAAAGCGUUAAGCGUCACGUGAGAGGAGCUCAUCCGCCAACAUGGCGACGGGCAGGCAGACGUAGCUUAGUAACGAGAAGUUUCCUGUCGAACCGACGACGAGUUCAUCCACGUUACGUGACCGGACAGUCUGUCGCAGCAGGAUGCCAGGGAAGACGGGUGACUUCAAACCAGGAGACCUGGUGUUUGCCAAGAUGAAGGGCUUCCCUCACUGGCCUGCCAGGGUGUGUAAGUCGGAAGACAAAUACAAGAAGCGUGUCCCAGUCUUCUUCUUCGGGACUCAUCAGAUAGGUAACCUCCCUCUGGAAAACGUCGUCCCUUACAUCGGCAACAAGAUGAAGUACGGCAGCGGCGUUCGGAUCAAAGGCUUCACCGAGGGCAUGUGGGAGAUCCAGAACACGCCGGGAGUCUGCAGCAAACUCAAAAUACCGACACCUCCGACACCGUCACCUGCCAAACAGUCUAAAGCUACACCUUCUAAACCGACCUCUGCCUCUAAAGCUACACCUUCUAAACAGGCGACGAACGACAAACUGAAAACUGCCCCGACUAAACCAGUUCUCAGUAAAUCUGCCCCCGCAAAGUCCGACAGUAAAACAGCUGCCGGCAGAAGUGCUGGGAGUAAAAAGGAAAGCGCCACCAACACUGCCGCCGUGGCUAGAACUCCGACAAGAGCUUCGUUAAGAUCUGCUCCGGACUCCAGACAGACUCCCGAACAGGCUUUGGCUUCGAAAGAUGCCACGGCUGCAGACGUGUCCGACAUGGCUGUGAAUACACGAAGCAGGAAGGCAGCUGCAGGAGAACGAGCUGAAAAUAAUGUUGUUGCGACUCCUGCAGAGAAUAAGAAGGAGACGGUGGCAAAAGUGACGAAGCCAAAAACUCCCUCCAAAUCCUCUGAAAGUGUUCCUGACAAACCUGCAGUUGAAGCAACAAGUAAAGUUACGGCUGAGAAGAAAACUCGGAGCGCCACAGAAGCUCCGGCAAAGACGACGGACUCCAAACCAGCUUCAACCCGUACAGACACUGAGGAGGCUGCACGUCCUGUGACGACCAGGAGCAGAGGAGCAGAGCCCAAGGUCGAUGCUGAGCAGCAGAAGAAUCAAACUCCUGCUGCUCCUCCUUCAGCAGUCAACAAAAAGAAGACGACACAAACAUCCAAGAGCGACAGAGGAAAGAAAGACGAGGAGGAGAAGACGACACAAACGUCCAAGAGCGACAGAGGAAAGAAAGACGAGGAGGAGAAGACGCAGGAAGAAAAGGACACGAAAGAUUCAUCAGAGAGCCGAGGAGUGAAGAGGAGGAGAGACGAGAAGGACGGUGGUGAAGGAAAGAAAGAAGUGAUGGUGAAAGAGAAGAUGUCAGAGAGGAGAACAAAAAAGGAAGAGGAGAAAGAGGAGGUGAAGUACAGGAAAACAAAGCGAGAUGAAGGUGUGGACGAAAAGAAAGAAGUAACGAUGAAGGAGAAGACAGAAGAAAAGUCAUCGGCAGAGAGCCGAGGGAUGAAGACGAGGAGAUCAGAGAAGGAGGAGGAGGAGAAGAUGACCACGAAAGACAACGACGAAGAAAAGGAGGAGAGGACGAGGAGAGAAACGAGGUCAGAGAGCGAAGGAAGAAAAAGAGCGAGAGAAAAGGAGGCGCAGCUGACGCCAAAGAAGGACGACAGAGAGGAGAGCCGAGGAACGAAGAGGAGGAGGGAAGAGGAGGAGAAAACUGAAGGGAUGAAGACGAGGAGAGCGGAGGAAGAGAAGAAGACGAAGGAUGCUGGUGAGGAAGGAAAGGAGGAGACCAAAGAGAAGACGAACGAGGACGAGAAGGAGAAAGGAGGCAGCUCUGUGGACGCAGAGGAGCGACAGCGCCACCUGGCAGCCAAGAGGGAGAGUUUGUUUAGAUCUUUAAGAGGUCUGCUGAAGGCCGAGAGAGGAGCGCCGAGGAGGGAGGCCACGAAGAAACCCGGAGACCGACUCAAGAAGAAGGUCGCCACGGCGAUCAGCAAGAAGUCGGCCGUGAAAGCCUUCAGAGACACGACAGAGGUGAAACAGAAAGAGGGAGAGAAGGCAGAGGGGAAGCUGUCCGGACAAAAGAAGGAGGUGAAGAAGGAGGAACUGAAGAGUACAACUACAGAUGAAAAGGAGGGCGGGCAGUCCAACAAAGACGAGAUGAAGAAUGAGAGGAAAAUCAUCGGAAAGAUUGUGAAGGCCGGACAUGGAACGAAGGUUCAGGUCAAGACGAUAAUGGGAGGAACGAUGGGAGGAGCAGACGAGGAGGAGGAGGAGAAGAAGAAAGAGAAGGCGAGGAGAGAAGAAGAGGCGAAGAAAAACGGUUCAGACAGUGAGAAAAGAGGUGAAGACAGAAAGACGGUGGAGAGGAAGUCUGAAAGAACGAGAGCAGCAACGACGGAGGACAAAAAGAACAAGGAGGCGACGCUGAAGAAGAACGAAGAGGAGCAGAAAAAGCCGCAAGAGAAGAAGAACGAGAGCGAAGCAGUGGAAAAAAAGACGAGAGAGCAGAAGAAGAGUGAAAAAGCUGAGCGGGAGGAGAAGGAUGACGACGCCACGGCAGAACACACAAACACACCACAGAAGAAGAGCGACACAGCCACGACAGAAAGUGGCGAGACGUCACAGGCCGAGUCAAAACCUGAAGAAGAAGAAGAGGAGAAGACGAGCGCAGAAGAAGACAGCAAAGCGGCGAGCGACUCGUCAGAUGGAGGGAAGGUGGAGCAGCAGAAGAGCUCCACCAUGACGCUGACGGACUCGACUCUGCACAGGAUCCACGGAGACAUCCGGAUCUCUCUGAAGUCGGACCACCCCGACAUCGGUAAGUGUGUGAGGGCGUUGGAUCAGCUCGGCAUGGUUUACGUGACGUCCAAACACGUGCAGAGACACAGCGAGCUCGUCUCCACGCUGAGGAAGCUGCGUUACUACAGAGCCAACCAGGCCAUCAUGGACAAGGCGUCCAUGCUGUACAACCGCUUCAAGAACACCUUCCUGGUGGGGGAGGGCGAGGAGGUGGUGAGCGCCUCCUUCCUGCGCUCCCUGCUGGAGGAGAAGGAGAGGGAGGAGGCGCAGCGGGCGGAGCGCUGCAGGGAGCAGUUGGUGAGGGACGAGCUGCUGCAGGAGGUGAAGAGACUCAUGGUCCAGGUGAAGGGGCGGAGGAGGACUGAUGGUGGAGAGGUGGAGGCGACGGGAGGAGAGGAGGCGCAGCUAACGGACGCUCCAGUGGACUCUUCCUGAAGCAGCUCGGACCGAACCAACUCUAACGUGGGGAGGGGUGUCACCUCCUGUGACGUCGCAGCUCAUUAUUUAUUCAUACUGUAAAUGAAAGGUGGCGUUGUGUUUGAGUUCCACCUGAGCAGGUGCAGUGUUCACAGUGAUACAUUCAUACUGACGUCAUUUUUACCUGAGCAUUAAUCCAAUGUUACCUGUUUUUUAAGCUAAAACUGAAGCACGGAUGGAAGAACGUAACGUCAGACUACCUCUGUCCUCCGUCACAAGGAGACGAGACGCUCCGUCCAGCCGCUGUGAACUGGUUACUGUCCCCGCUCUUUGUUCCAGGUCAUGUUGAAGCUGCAGUAAAGCAUUAAACUUACAAAGAAGUGUUUCUGUACAGCAACAUAUUUUAUACUGUUUUAUUGUGUUUGUACUCUGUUAUGUGGUUUGAAGAGCUUGAACAAGUAGAUCGACUGACAGCAUGCGAUAAAAACAUACACUGAGAAUGUAUGAAUAAUUAAAACUCACAUUUUAUUCUAA